AUGCCAUCGCAAACCAAGAAGAAGGACACGGUGACUAGGAACUUGGAGACGCGUUACGAUCCGUUCCAAAUGCCACGUUCGUUUUCGAUGGACCGAAACCGACCAAACGUCAUCAGAAUGGACAUGAGUGGAAGCAUGAACUAUCGCCGAGAGCCAAUCAUCAUGGCUCGCUUCCAUCAGCCACCAGACUCGCCAUCGCAACAACUCUAUUCUGGUCCAUCGAUUACCAACUCGAACAACACUUCGACGGCUCAGGCAGCUCAACCAAACCAGCUGAUCAAGCAAGUGCAACUGGUCCAGCCGUUCUCCAUAAAUGCCACGCAAUUCAACCGAAGUGCGGCCAGCACCCAACAAAAUGGGAACAAUUUCAUUUCGGGACCAACUCAAUUCCAGCAGAACCCAGUCGUUCAAAGCUCAUAUCAGACCGACAUCCUCUGCACCAUCGCCAUCGCCACCUACUUCUGCGCCAUUCACAUUUUCAACCUGCUCACCGACUACCUGACCGUUUCAAAGGAGCUGACACGCACCAUCGGAAUCAGUGCCAUUGUUUUUGUCAUCCUUCGUUUUGCCGAUUAUCUUUACUGCUGA